UUUGCGUUGCAACUGGAAAAAACAUCUUAAACCAAACCUCCUACCAAAAAAUGUUUAAUUUUGAGCAGAUAUUAUUUCAACAUUAAAUCGCAUAUUAACAGUAGUAAACAAGGCGCUUUAAUUAAUACGAAUCCAGAAUGGUAAUUGCAAAAAAAAACAAAGUAAAACGAAUCGAAAUAUGCAAAGUUAAGUCUUCAACACAAACUAUCUAUUUUUGGCCGCAUUAAGGGAGAAAACCGCUGUUUGCUGCCAUUGCUGGCAGCGCAAACUCAGUAGACAGACAAUGUAUAAAUAGGCGAUGUUAUUUGGUACCAAAGCAGUUGAUAGGGAAACCCGCCACAACGCAAACUAUAAUGGUUGGCUGCGCUGUUUUGUUUCUGGCUCUCUCAACGGGCGCGUAUAUGCUGCGUGUUUCCGCUUCAAAGUUGGUGGAACUUGAGCCCAUUAACAGCGGACCAACAUCUGCUCCCUUGGGCUGCCAUCGUCGCGUGUAUACAUAUAAAGUGACGCAGUCCGAUCUUAUGGGUCACGAGUGCUGGGACUAUGUAAGUGUCUGGUCAUGCUGGGGGCGGUGCGACUCUAGCGAGAUAUCCGAUUGGAAGUUCCCUUAUAAGCGCUCGUUUCAUCCAGUCUGUGUCCACGCACAGCGCCAACCAAUGGUAGCUAUUCUCAAAAACUGUCACCCUAAGGCGGAGGCAAGUGUUAGCAAUUACCAGUAUAUGGAGGCAGUAAAUUGUCACUGCCAGACGUGCUCCUCGCAGGAUACUAGUUGCGAAGCUCCAGCCAAUAACGUAAUGGAGGGUGGCAGCAAGGCCGUUAUCGUAGGAGCCGAUACCGAAGAGUUAGACUAUUAGGGCUCGCGUAGAGGUUGAUA